CGUAUGUAAGUUCUCAUCUUCUCGGUAUUGUAUACCACUGUUGUAAGAAAAGACAAUAACCCAAAUUCCUCGCAUCAGCAUAACUUCACCGAGCACGCAUAUGCAAACGCAUACAGACACACAUCCACAAAUAUGUGUAUAUGUUUACAUGUGCAUAUAUAUGUACAUAAAUGCACAUAUACAUAAGCACACUUGUACAUAUGCAUAAGUAUACGUCCACACACGUAUGCAUAUUCCAUACGCCUGGCGGGGCCAGGAGCUGUGUUUCAACCCCAUAACCACAUAUGGGGGGAAAGCGAGAUGAGAAACUUAUUUUACCUCUUAAUGACUCCAUUAGCUUCACUUUGAGUCAGGAUGAUAUGUGUGCAAAGACAACAGUUACUAUUUCUCCAAAAUUCACAGAGGACAAAUUUUGGCUGAAUGGAAAAGAAGAAUCACUAGAAAACCCAAGAAUACAGAAUUGCCUGAAAGAGAUUCGUCGGCGAGCUUCAAAAAGAAAAUUGGAAGGGUCAGCUGAAGAUAUAUUGAACUGGCAUAUACAUAUAUGUUCAGCUAACAAUUUUCCCACUGCUGCUGGUUUGGCCUCCUCAGCUGCUGGGUAUGCAUGUCUUGUGUAUGCUCUUGGGCAAGUGUAUGGCAUAGAAGGGGAUUUGUCUUCCAUUGCUCGUCAGGGAUCAGGGAGUGCUUGUCGCAGCAUUUAUGGAGGCCUCGUCAGGUGGCAUAAAGGAGAGUUGGAAGAUGGCACUGACUCUAUAGCACGACCAAUUGCUCCUGCAGAUCACUUUCCCAAUCUAAGAGUCAUUAUUUGUGUGGCCAAUUCUGAGCGUAAAAAGACAGGCAGCACAGAUGGAAUGAGACAAACUGUUCAGACUUCAAAAUUAAUGCAGCAUCGUAUCAAAGAAUCCGUUGUUUCUCGAAUGGAGUCCAUGAUAAAGGCAAUCAAGGACAAAAAUUGGCCUGCCUUCUGUGAUCUUACAAUGGCUGACAGUAAUGAGAUGCAUGCAGUCUGUCAGGACACUUUUCCACCCUGUGUGUACAUGACAGACACUUCACAUGCUGUGGCUAACCUUGUACAUCAGUACAAUGAUCUCAAAAUUUCUCAACGUGACAUUAAUCAUAAGGUUUGCUACACAUUUGAUGCUGGUCCAAAUGCUUGUUUAUUUGUCCCUGGAGCUGUUGUGGAAGAAGUCUUAGCAUUGUUACUUUUUGCCUUCCCACCCAGUUCAUCACAAAGCCCUGCUGAGUAUGUUAGAGGCAUUCAGGCUCACCCAGUCACUCUGUCUAAGGAACUGACAUCCAUGGCUGGCGAAGAUAUUGAAAGUGGAAAAUUAAUGUACCUAAUUCAUACCAAAGUAGGUGAUGGACCUCGAGUGAUACCUGAUGCUGAUGAGAGUCUUCUAGAUGCAACAACAGGUUUGCCAAAGCCAGCUAGUGGUGCUGCAUAGGGCUGGAUAAGUAGAAGUAAAAUCUGGAGCCCAUGCAGAAGGCUGCUAUUCAUUUGUUUGCAGUUAUUGUUUCAACAUAUCUAAAAGAGUUUAACUUAAAGGAUAAAUAGAAUUAUAUGAGAAAGGUAUUAUGCUCUCUAGAAUUGAUAUAUGUAGUUCAAAAACAAAAUAAAAAGUAUUGCUAAAUUUCAAGCCCUGUAGGUGUAUAGUCAUACAGUAUGUUAACAGUGCAAUAAAAAGGGUUAACAUACUCAAAUAAAGCUGAUGGAGUAUGAUGGUCUUUAAAGAAAUUGCUUGAUUAAGCACAGAUUGUGACAGCUGAAUGUCAUAUUUACUGAGCCGGAUUCAAUAUAUUUAACCCUUUCAGUGUCAGUCACGUUGUUCAACGGCUUUGAAGCCAGCAUCAGUCCCUGUAGUACUACACCAUGAGUUCAGCUCACUCAAAUAAGCUGUGAAUGGUAACUUUGGGCCUAGAUAUGAGAGAAUGGGUCUAGGCGAUAAGUGUGCACCAUAUAAAAAAAAUCCUGCAGCACGCAGUGCUGCUGUUGUGGUUAACAUAAAAAUUAAGGCAUAGCCUACUCUCAAAUAAUCUAUUCCCUACUUGGUUUUUCCACAUCUACAAGGAUGAAGGAAAAGAUUAAAACAUUGACUGUACAGUGUAUUUUCGUAUGGCUUUUAUGGUUGUAUUAUCAGUUUCAUUUUAUAGAAUGGAACAUAUAGAAAUAGAGAUGAUUUUGAGUGGUUUCAGGACUUAAAGUAGCUUGAAAUUGAGCUCAAAGUAGCAGAAAUGUUCAAUUUUUGCCAAUAUUCCAAUAAGCGUCCAUCUGGCCAGUCUAAUAUGCAUUUAGGAAUGCACUGACAUUAUUUUUACAAUUAUUACAAUAAUGCAGUACAGUAGUCUGCAUAACAGUAAAUCUUCUAUUUUUAGUAUGAAUAAAAAUUCAAGCUGGAAAGCAAGUGUAAUAUAAGAGAGGCCUGGGAACAUAACUAAUGAACAGAGGGAAUGUUUUUUUAGUGCCAGGAAUGUCUACAUUGUUUAUUCUGAACCCUAUUUCUAAAUUGGCAUUUUUUAAUUUUGUGUGAAAUUGGCCAAAUUACCAAUUUCUGAUCACUUUAUUGGAUAGUUGAAAUAGGUAAAUGGGUGUUUCUUGUACUCAGUUGAUAAAAUAGAAGGAAUACCAGCAAAACAGGUAUGAGUUUGGUCAACUGGAACAAUGGAAUUGGCCAAAAACAGGGUGCAAAGCGGGCAAAAUCACUGAUGUGUAAAUAUCGCCGAGAUCACUAACUUUGUGAUAGUGUAAUUCCAUGAGUUUUCCAUCAAAUUUAAUACUUUUGGUUUCACUACCUUCAGAAAAAGAUUCUCUAUCAUUUCUUAAGUUUUUUUUUUUACCUAGAGAGAGAGAAUUUGAGAUCAGGAGUCUCAACCCUGAAAGGGAUAUAAUAUGUGUGCUUGUAUUGUAUAUUUAAUUUGAUGAUCAUUCCACCUAUAUCUGUACCUAACACAUUAAUAAAUCAUUACCCAAAAUUAAAUGGAAUCAUGGAAAAUACUGUACUUAAACAGCUUCUAGGAGAGAACUUAUGUUUUACUCUGAAGUCCUUUUACUAGCUGCUUCAAAGCUGUACAUCAUCACAAAAUAAUAAUAAGUCAGACUCUAAUGGUAAUAGGCUUACCUUCACCAGUCACAGAUCAGAUCAGACUCGGAAAAAAUUAACAAGUACACUGUAAUGUGCAAGUUUUAAUAGAUAGUGACAUGCAGUUUGGCAAUUUGAGUGAGGAACUUAUUAAUUGCAUAUUUUAUGCCACAUUUAAGUUUAGACUGAAAUAUUAAUUUGGAAAUAAUAGAAAGUUACCUUUUGUAGGUCCCUCAUAUCCUCAGCCUAUUUAUAUGAUCAAAUUAAAGAUAGUAUUACACACGAUUUUGAGAUUUAAAAUAUGCACAUGCAUUUCUGCAAAAUAAUUGUUAGUUCAAAAUGUGCAGAGUACAACACUUCCAUAGUGCCUUCCAUAUAUUUGUAGCUUGCUUCCUACAGUACCAAGAAGCUUUAUGAAAGUGUUUUGGAAAAUAUAAGAAUGCAUAAUGUUAUUGAUCAUUGCUAUACUUCAAAGCAAUGUUUGUUUAACUUAUAAGAAAAGUACCAUACAGUAUUAUAUUUAUGAUCUGUCUUCACUUCAAACCUAACCAAUAGAGAUAACCGUAACCUUGAAAUACGUUCUUGAGAAUAUAAACAUGUUUAACUAUGUGUAGAGUAAGCCCUCUCAAAAUGCAUGGGUUACAUUUCUGAAAAUUAGGGCAUACCAUAAAAUAGUAUUAUGUGAAAAUAUAGAACAUGCAGGAAAAAUAGUUACAUUCCAGACCUUUCCAAAUUUGACAAGCAUUUUAAUUAUUUUACAUGUACAGUACUAUUCUUUCUUCUUUCUUUCAACACACCGAGGCAGGGUGGCCCAAAAGGAAAAACGAAAAUUUCUCCUUUUACAUUUAGUAAUAUAUACAGCAGAAGAGGUUACCAGCCCCUUGCUCCCGGCAUUUUAGUCGCCUCUUACAACGCGCAUGGCUUACGGAGGAAGAAUUCUGUUCCACUUCCCCAUGGAGAUAAGAGGAAAUAAACAAGAAUAAGAACUAGAAAGAAAAUAGAAAACCCAGAGGGGUGUGCAUAUAUGUGCUUGUACAUGUAUGUGUAGUGUGACCUAAGUGUAAGCAGAAUUAGCAAGACAUACCUGAAAUCUUGCAUGUUCAUGAGACAGAAAAAAGGACACCAGCAAUCCUACCAUCAUGUAAAACAAUUACAGGCUUUCAUUUUUACACUCACUUGGCAGGACAGUAGUACCUCCCUGGGCGGUUGCUGUCUACCAACCUACUAUCUAGGUACAGUACUAUUAUUCUAGGUAAAAAUUACUAAAGUAUAACUUGCCUUACAGUCUAGUAGUGCUUUCUUGAGAUGAAGAUUAUAGCGAGGGUUGAUGUGGGCUCUGCUGGUCUGAGGUGUUCUUGUGUUGAUACAGAAUUGUCAGUAGUUGAAAGUUGAGUGGGAAUACUCAAGUGUUCUGUAAAUACAUCUUUUAUAUAUUUUACCCUGUAGUAUUUUAUAGAUCUGACAGUUGUGAAGAGAACUGUGUAUUAUAAAACCUUCAACUCAUCCAGCACUAAAUACACCAUCCAGUACUAAAUACACACUGUUGUAAAGGUUCACCUUUUUUCUCUCGUGCAGUUUUAGAGUACAUUAGAAUUCUGUGCCUUAUUAUCUGAGCACUAAGUGGGGUCCCUAUUUUUUUUUCCUCAGUCCACACAUUAUUUUGAUCAGGUGACACUGUCCUAUUUGAUACACAAGUUUUUAUUUAUUCUCAGUGUUCCUAAUUGUAUGAAUGGUUAAUUCAUUCCCACAAAAUUAUCUGGCAGUUUUUAUUACAUGUGAACCCCCUAUUAGCAUAUCAACAGAAUUGUAAAAUCAUACUUAUUUUAUUGAGCAUUCCACUUGGGUGCCAUAGUAAAUAUCUAGAGACCAGAUACAGUGAUGAAUAUAUCCAAAAUAGCUUGAUAAACAGUGAGAGGCAUAAGAUGUUUCCAGGUGGUGUGGAUUAUCAGUGGAAGGUAAUGAGUUAUGUACAAGGGUGUGUAGUACCCAAAUUUUGUACAUAACAUAAUGUAGUACUAAUAUCUCAUGUUAGCUGAUUCUUUUAUUUUUUUUUUUUAUCAUUCAAGCUGUCUCCCACCCAGGUAGAGUGACGUGAUAAAGAAUAAAACACUUUCACAGUCACUCAUUCAGUUACUGUUUUGUCAGAAUUGCACUGACAUUACAAUUCAGAUGACCCAGACCACAUCCCCAAUCCUUCCAGAGUUAGGCACUGUACUUUCUACCUUCCGAACUCAAGUCCAGCGAACCAGUUUCCCUGAAUCCCUUCAUAAAUGUUACCUUGCAGAUUCCAGCAACAUGUCAAAUUAUAAAAAAAAUUUCCUUCACUUGCUCCUGUCUAACACGCUCACACAAACCUGUUGGAUGUUCAAGUCCCUAGCACUCAAAACCUCUUUUAUUCCCCACCUCUCUACAACUUUUUCUAGGAUGACUUCCCUACUCCUUCCCUCCACCCCCAGAUUAAUAUGCCUUCCUAGUCAUCCUAUUUUUCUCCAUUCUCUCUAAGUCUCCAAACCACCUCAACAGCCGUCCUCAUCCCUCUGAAUAAUACCUUUGGUAACUCCACACCUACUCUCCAAACUUUGAAUUCACUACAUAAUAUUCACACUUUCACCCUCUUCCUCAGUGCAACAUUUUUGUGCACUAUCAAUUUUUUUUAGUUGCAUCUCUCUAAAUCAUGUUUCAAGCAAAUCACACAUGAUGUCAAAUUCUAAGAGGGUUUACUGUACAGUGGAACCUCAAAAAUUGAACUGCUCCCAACACAACCAGUUAUGUAAGUGCAUUUUUGUAAGUGCUUUUAUAAGUGUAUUUUUGAGGGUCUGAAAUGAACUAAUCUAAUUUACAUUAUUCCUGAUGGGAAUAAAUUCAUUCGGUAAAGGCACUCGAACAGCCUUCUGGACCGAAGAAAGUUCGAUAUUUGAGGUUCCACUGUACAUGAGUAGACAGAUAAAAACAAGAUGUUUAUAUAUAGUAUCUUGAAAUGUGAUGGCUACACUUCUGACAAGACUGCUAUUGAAUAAAUAAUGUGAAUGUAUUCACUUUGGGUUACCCUGCCUUGGUGGGAUAUAGCCAGUAUAUAGUUAAAAAAAAUAAAUAUGGUUAUUUUUUUUCCUGGAAAAGAAAUCAUAAUUUAAUGAGUAAAUUUUAAGAUUGCAGUAUUUAUAUGACUUACAUGGAAAAGAUUGAUCUUUGUAGAUGUUUACAAAUUAUUGAUGAUGAAAGACUGUAUUGUCUUAAAUAGGGAAUAGUUGCUCUAAUUUUAUGGGUAGUUGCAUCUGAAAACAGAAAACUUAGUGUAAGUGUGUAGGAGAGAGGGAGAUUACUUCCCAGUUAAAGUAGGUUUCAGACAGGGAUGUGUAAUGUCACCAUGGUUGUUUAACAUAUUUAUAGAUGGGGUUGUAAAAGAAGUAAAUGCUAGGGUGUUGGGGAGAUGGGUGGGAUUAAAUUAUGGGGAAUCAAAUACAAAAUGGGAGUUGACACAGUUACAUUUUGCUGAUACUGUACUUCUGGGAGAGUCUAAAGAAAAGUCGCAAAGGUUAGUGGACGAGUUUGGGAGGGUGUGUGUGUAAAGGUAGAAAGUUAAAAGUGAACUUAGAUAAGAGUAAGGUGAUGAGGGUAUCAAACGAUUUAUAAAAAUUGGAUAUCGCAUUGGAGGGAGGGAGUAUGGAAGAAGUAAAUGUAUUCAGAUACAGCCUCUCCUCACUUAGUGAUGUACCCAUUUACUGACCCCUCAGACUUAAAACGGGCUCUCUGACCAGUAUGCACAACUAUAUUUUAUAUAUUAGAGUUGAUUUCCUCUGUUCUGUUUAAUACAAUAUGUAGUACACUACUGCAUAAACUUUUAAGAAUGUACCAGAAAUGUUAUAAAUAGUGCAGAGGUGACAUUAAAACAAUAUCAAAGAUGGUUAACACAAACUCACUACCAUUAUAGUAUACUUUUCACUUAGCGAUGAAUUCGUUUACCAACAUGGUCUCAGGAACGGAACUCCAUCAUUAAGUGACGAGAGGCUGUAUUUGGGAGUCGACUUGUCAGCAGAUGGCUUUAUGAAGGAUGAGGUUAACCAUAGAAUUGAUGAAGGAAAAAAGGUGAGUGGUGCUUUGAGGUAUCUGUGGAGACAAAAAACGUUAUCCAUGGAGGAAAAGAAGGGAAUGUACGAGAGUAUAGUGGUACCAGCAAUCUCAUAUGGGUGUGAAGUUACUAAAAGUAUUAGAGGGCUGAAGAGGGAUUGUUGAGGUGGUUUGGUCAUUUAGAGAGGAUGGAACAAAGUAGAAUGACUUAGCAUAUAAAUCUGUAGGGUAAGGAAGGUAGAGUAGGAGUCGUCUUAGGAAAGAUUGGAGGGAGGGGGUAAAGGAGGUUUUGUGGGUGAGGGGCUUGGACUUCCAGCAAGCGUGCGUGUGUGUGUUAGAUAGGAGUCAGUGGAGACAAAUGGUUUUUGGGACCUGACAAGCUGUUGGAGUGUGAGCAGGGUAAUAUUUUGUGAAGCGAGUCAGGGAAACUGGUUAGCCAGACUUGAGUCCUGGAGGUGAGAAGUACAAUGCCUGCACUUUAAAGGAGGGAUUUGGGAUAUUGGCUAUUUGGAGGGACAUAUAAACUGUCAUAUCUGAGUGCCUCUGCAAAGACAGUGAUUAUGUAUGAAUGAUGAAAGUUUUUUCUUUCCUUUUGGGUUUUUUUCUUUUUGGGUCAUCCUGCCUUAAUGGGAAACAGCCGACAUGUUAAAAAAAAAUCAAUAUUUUUUAUUUUGCUUGAAUAAACAAAUUAAAAUGAUCAUCUAUAAAUAUUUAGAGUUUUAAAAUAUUUUAAUAGAAUUAUAACAAAAAACUGAACUCAUUGCUGAAAUCUAUAUUAAUCAAAAUCAAAUAUAAUACAGCAUAUUUCAGCUCAGUAUGCUAAUGUAAGUGGAAGAAGUGCAGUGAGAAAUAUAACUUGUGGAGUUUCACAUUUGGAGACUUGGCAACACACUUCACCUUGUUUACCAUUCACUGUGAAUGCCUUGAUGCUGGUGAAGUGCUCUUGAUACAAGGAUUUGGAGCUAUCUUCCUUGAAUCAAACCUGAUACCCUUCCAUUCUGCAGGUACUACAUGACCCUCUACAAGUUUAGCAAUUCCCAUGAUUAUAAUAAUCACUUUAAUAGACUUUCAACUUUUUGUAUAAGUAUUGUUCACUGAUGUAGUAUUGCUUGCCAUUAGUUUUCUCAAAUUAGGGAGGCUGCCAUUUUAUACUGUAAAGGUUUAAUUUUUGGCUACUCAUAAAUUGUUAAAUUAUUACUGUUUAGUGUAAUUUGAGUCAUUUAGUCACCUGUGCAAGGAAUUGCUUGCAUGUUAAGUACUGUGUACCUUGUAAGGGUAUUUCACAGUUAUUAGUCCCAGCCAUGCGAUUUUUUUUAAUUUUAGUGUCACCAGUGUUUUUAGGGUAUUAAAUUUAAAUUUUAGAUUAGCAAAAUUUUUUAGACAUUUUUUUAAUACUAUACUUUAUAUUCAGAAUAGCCUUAACUAGCCUUCUACAAAUGAGGUCUUCCAGUGGAUAAUUUCUGCUUAGACACUCUAAUGACUUAGCAUUAACUAGGCAAGAAACUAUUAUAGUUAGGCAGCAUUAUUCAUAAUUGCAUUAACUAGGUAACAAACUAUAGUAGAUAGGCAGCAUUAUACAUAACUUUAUAUGUUGUAGUACAAUAAGUCCUCACUUAAUGUCAUCAGUAGUUCUUGGAAACUGCGACUUUAAGUGAAAUGAUGUAUAACAAAACCAAUUUUACCAUAGGCUAACUGAUAUAAACAUCAGGGGUGCACAGUGCACCUUUAGCACUCGUAUAUUGGAAUAAAUGCUUGCAAAGCAAAAAUUGUAAGGAUCAUCUCCUACCACCGGGCAGUUCAAAAACGAACGUGCAAACUCCACAUAGACAGUGGUCCCGGCCGGGAAUCAAUUUUAUUUUUCAUCAGCGUUAUGACAAAACCAUGUCAAACGAAAUGAUGUGAAGUGAGGACUUAUUCUAUAGGCUUCAUAGUAAACAUAUUUUUUGUGCAUUUUAAUACAGUUGUACUAGAACUGUAUUGUUGAUAAUGUGACCACUUGUGAUAUGAAGCUGCAUCUCCGUGUGUGACUGAUAUACGUGUAUAUUAUUAUGGGCUUCCAAUUUUAUUGAGGCACAAGAAUGUACCCUUCAAGUUGACAGUGUUUAUUUUUAUUUACAGAUUCAAAGAAAUGUAAUAUAAUCAGGAAAAUAAAUACAGUAGGGCCCCACUUAUACGACAGGUUAGGUUCCAUGCUACUGCCGUAAAGCAGAAAUCGCCGUAAAGUGGAACGCCCUUUUUUUCCACUUAUAAAUGCAUAUAAAUACUAGAUAACAAAUUUACACUAACAUAUAUUAAGUUAGCAAUAGUUAGCAAUAGAACUAGGCAUUAAAAACAAAAAAGUGAAAUACACAUAUAGUACACGCAUUACUUACCUUAAAAUAUUUGUAGUCUUAAUGUAGGGUGAGAUGAGUAGUAUGUAUUGUAAGAAAUCAAGUGUGGUAUGUAUGGUAGCCAGCCAGGCUACCAUACCAGGCCACCCCACCCACACAUAAUAUGCUAUGACAUUUAAAGGGUCCCAGAGCAAUAAUAUGCAUAUACAGUGCACUCCUUACUUACCUAAAAUGUAGGGUCAGAGGUGAGUAAAUGAGAUAAAAACAAAAAAUGAGAGAGAGAGAGAAUGAAUACAUGAGAGAGGCCAACCAGAGAGUUAUGUAAACAAACCAGGCAGACGCAGGUUUUGUAAACAAACCAGGCGAUGCAUCUGGUUUGUUUACAAGAUACAUUCUGUACAAGUUGUCUCCACGUUGAUAUAGUAGAAUAAAUAAAGAGCAAUGCUCCCAUUCUCAUGUAACACCAUUUUUAGAAGAAAUGAUGCUCUGAGUGAAGGCAUACGAAAGGAAUAAUUUUCUACAGUUACCCCCAGUAAUAUUAUAGUGUACACAUUUUCUCAGAUGUUGGACUAAAGGAAAUGUUAUUCUUGCCGUCACUCGUACAAGUCGUCUGGCUACCACAUCUCAUAUUUGUUAAUUUAUUCUACAAUGGGGUGUAUUUAUCAUGUUUAUAUGUUUGGAAUCUUGUUUCUUAUAUAAUUUAGAAAAAAUAUCAUAGCUAGAUUAAUGAAAAUGUGUAUAUUACAGUAAUAUACGACAUUAAUGAGACUCGGUAAUUAUUAUUGAGUACGUAUUAUUAUUAUUAUUUUUUUUAUUAUUGUUAUCAUCAUUUUUAAUAUGGUGUCUUGAGACAUAAAACACUCUUACUGAUUUUAAUGUGUACCUGCAUGCCAGCACAGUGUGUAAGUUUAUUUAGGUACAGGUAUACAUAAGUAUCAGUCUGUCUGUAGUGGAAGGAAGGCGGGGUAGGGGUCGGCCUAGGAAAGGUUGGAGGGAGGGGGUAAAGGAGGUUUUGUGUGCGAGGGGCUUGGACUUCCAGCAGGCGUGCGUGAGCGUGUUUGAUAGGAGUGAAUGGAGACGAAUGGUUUUUAAUACUUGACGUGCUGUUGGAGUGUGAGCAAAGUAACAUUUAUGAAGGGGUUCAGGGAAACCGGCAGGCCGGACUUGAGUCCUGGAGAUGGGAAGUACAGUGCCUGCACUCUGAAGGAGGGGUGUUAAUGUUGCAGUUUAAAAACUGUAGUGUAAAGCACCCUUCUGGCAAGACAGUGAUGGAGUGAAUGAUGGUGAAAGUUUUUCUUUUUCGGGCCACCCUGCCUUGGUGGGAACCGGCCAGUGUGAUAAUAAAAAAUAAAAAAAAAUAAGUAUACAUAAGUAUAAUUAUCAGAGAAUAUAUAAAAUAUGAAAUAAAUUUUAAAAACACUUGAAAUUUUGGAAAAUUUCCAGAUAUAAUGGAGAGAUGUGAUGCUCACAGAGCUCAUGGAGAAUGUAAACAAACCGGGUGGGGCGCGGUGACCAUAUUAGAAAGUGAGGUGGGGGGGAGCUGUAUAGUGAGUUUCGGUCAUAAUUUGAAAUGUCCGUAUUAACGGCACACCAUAAAGCAAAACGCCAUAAAGUGGGGCCGUACUGUACUGUAAUGUAGUGCUAUUGUUGGAAGAUUUUUAGAUACAUACGAUCCCCAUAAUUCACAGAAAUAGGGUUACCAGAGGUAAUGUGAAUUCUGAAGUCACAAAUAAUAGAAAACUACACAUCUGAGUUAUUUAAACUUUUUGGCUUUAUCUUUUCAUGUAUUGCUCUCAUCUGUUUAAUAAUGACAAUUAAAAAAAAAGAGCACAUUCUUAAUAAAAUCAUUGGGUUAGUUUUCAAUUUGGGGGUUGUAUACCAGGCAGAUAAAUAGCAGGCACCAAGAAAAAUCAUGAACAAAGCUGUCCACAAAAUGGCCUUUGUCAGAAACAAUGUAUAAUAGAUUUGUGAAGCACAUGAAUUUCUGGGUUUGAUUGCAAGUAUUUUAGCUUAAGGUCUUUAAUUUACCACAUGCAGAACAAUUAGCUUGCUGAUUGUCUGGCUCCUUUGAUGAGAGGUCACUCCAGAUUUUAAAAAACUCUGGAUAUUGACAUUUUUUUUUUUUUUUUUUUUUUUUUUUUUUUUUUUUUUUUUUUUUUUUUAUGGUCUCUAUCUGUUCAGGUGCUCUGUAUGAAACAGAUAAUGUUAAAAGAAAUGCUCUGCUUGACUAGGGGCUUUUGAAAAUACAGUAUAUAAAAUAGAUUUCACCUAUCAUAAUUUUGUAAUAGUUAUAUUUUCAAAAUAAUUUUUUUUUGUUCACUGAAUAAUUUAUUGUAUUUUAUGAAGGAAAAAUUAAAGCUUGCCAAACAUAUUUUAAUCAAUAGAGUACCAAAGUCAAAAAUGAAAAUUCAUUCCAUUAUGUACUGAAUUAUGUCUGUCAUGGUAAAUAUCCUCAGUUUCAACCUGUUUAAUUAUUGAUAUCACUAUUGCUGUUUUUUAUAAUUACUGAAAUGUGGUCUGAAAUAUAGUGCCAGGUAUGUUUGUUUUAGUUUUAGGACCUUAUUGAGAUAAUGUACAGUAAUUGUUUUGUGACGAUUUAUUUUAACAAUAUUGGUCUUUCAUGCAUUACUAUCACAGGUUGUUUUCAUUAAAUGCGAUCUGUAAUAUAGUUUUAAAUAUUUUUUGCUUUACAGUAGGGAUGCAAAACUAGCAGCUUGUGACCCAUGAGUAGCUCAGUUAAUAUCCUUGAUGUUUUGUCUAAAAAAUCAAAUUAUCACUGACUGACAUUAUACCUUCCAUUGCCUUUACACAGUUUACAAUCUCUACAAUGUAUACUCCAUGACUUACUUUUUUAGUCAUUAUUAUUUGGUACUUUAUACAGUACCUAGGUGGAUAAAUCUUAUUAAGCUUACAUGGCCCACUGGUGAGAGAACUGGGCUGUUUCAGGACUGGAUUGCCAUGGGUUCCAAUGCUGCUUAUCCCAUGGGUUUUUUGAGGGAGAAGUUUUAAGUAAUAAUCAUACAAAAAAAUGCGAAAGUACAAUAUUAAUGAGAGUCUGUAGUACCUAUAGUUAAUUAAUACCUAAUAGUGAGAGGUUAAAAUUUCAGUCACCAAAGUGUACACUAGGACAGACUGUGGAUGUGGUAAUCAGGAAGACUGCUACAGCAAGAGCUAAGUCACACUGGCCGAUUCCCACCACCAAGGCAGGGUGGCCCGAAAAAGAAAAACUUUCACAAUCAUUCACUAGUGUAUGAAAUUGUAAAAAGUACACUGCAGUGGUUCCUAAACCUCUGGAUCAUUUUUGUCACUGAAAAGGAAAGAGCAGUUCUAGAGCUUGAAAACAAAGUUGCUCUCUGUGACCUAGAAUUUGUUGAUAUUGCCAGAUACCUAAAGAACUUCAAUAAUGUACUUCAAGAGAGUAUUCUGUUUCUUUCACAACUUGCUAAAUAUUUUCUUAAGCUUUUCAGUGCAACAUUUCUGCUGUUUGUCAUAAUGCCUUUAAGGUAAACUAUAAAAUUUUCCAACAUAUCAAAAAAAAAAAAAAAAAUUGAAAAGCAGUGCAAAUCACAAAUCUAAAACUUGUGCAAGAGACUGAAUUCUUCAUGAAUAUUUUAAUAAAAAUUUUAGUGAUUUCAAGAAUAAAAAAGAUUUGCAGCUGUUCAGCAAUCCUUUAUCGUUUAACAGUGAGCUAAAAUCCCACUUACAACUGAUUAAUUUAUAUAAGGUAACCUCAUUUCUACAGGAGUAGACCUCAAGAUAAUUAUCUAUUAUUUGUAAUAAAAGGUUGCUAUUUAUGUAUACUCAUAUGGCUCCACUUGUGUCUGUGAACAAAUAAGCAAGCCCCUCUACAUUUAAUUAUGUGACUGGCAAUAGUGAAAUUUAAUCCUAACAUCAAAAACUUUGUUUCACAAACAAUGUAAGAAAUCCCACAGAGAUGCUGUUUAUUCUCUCAGUAUAAACACUAUACAGACUAAAUAAAAUAUAUUCUGUUCUGUAUAUUGGAAACUCCUGAAAGCCUAUUGUGGGUUAUCAAAUGUGCUUUUAUUACACACAUCAGUGAAAAAUUAGAGUACAGCAUAGACUGGGUAUCCCUUAUCCGAAAUUCCAAAAUUAGGAAAGCUCCAAAAUCAAAAAUAUUUUUCGAGUUCUGACAUGACACCACAAAUGGAAAAUUCCAGUCGGCUCUAGGGAGGCUCCCAGGCACUACACAGGCCUCUUCAUAUGCAAACAGUUGCAACAUGUGAUCUCACAUACCCUGGAUGGGGCUCUGACACUGUUUCCGUCACUUUAUCAACAGUCAUCACUGUCAGACCUACGUGCAUUACUCGCUGUGAUUACAGUGUAUUUUGUGUUCAGUCUCUGCUCUGCGGUGUGAAUAUAUUGUUGAAAAUGUCCAAAAGGCCUGUAGAUACCCCUAUGGGUAACUAACAAGAAAAAAUAGUACAGUGGACCCCCGCUUAACGAUCACCUCCCAAUGCGACCAGUUAUGUAAGUGUAUUUAUGUCAGUGCGUUUGUACGUGUAUGUUUGGGGGUCUGAAAUGGACUAAUCUACUUCACAAUAUUCCUUAUGGGAACAAAUUCGGUCAGUACUGGCACCUGAACAUACUUCUGGAAUGAAAAAAUAUCGUUAUCCGGGGGUCCACUGUAUACAGUAACCUCGUAACCAAAAGACGGCAUCAUAGGUGGAGACCAAAAGCCUGCUGUUGUUUAUUUCUUUUAAAUAGCUGAUGCUGCUGUGCUGCUUUUGUUAUUAAAAAUUUUGUUUUUGGUAUUAAAAAUAUUGUGUAAAACUAUCUUCAGGGUGUGUGUAUAAGCUGUUUGUAAUAUAUAAAUGGAUUUCGUGUUAGACUUGGGUCCUAUCCCAAGAUAUCUCAUUAUAUUUCAAAAUCUAAAACACCUUCAGCACCACAUAUUUCAGAUAAAGGAUACUCAACCUGUAUAUGAUUUAACUUUCUAAGAUGUACUGGGAUUUACAUAAAUGUUAUGACCCCUGCUCAUUGUCUUCAUAUGCUGCUCCAAAAGGUGAAAAAGUUGUCUCCCUACUUAAAAGUAAUUGUUGGAUUAUUUUAAUAUGCUGUAAUGGUUUUCUAUCAUGCUUUGAUGUAGAGCUCUAAAGUAUAAUACUUGUAUUAUUAACUUCUGUCUACAUUUGUAUGAUCUAAUACUUAUAUUUUAUGUACUCUGGUAAUUUUGGAAUAAAAUUAUUAUUACUGAUAGUAAUAUUAUUAAA